AUGGAUAUCGGCAGUGUCGGCGUCAGUUGGGGUCUGUCACGGAAAUUCAUCCUGCGAGCUCGAUCACUGGAGUUGCGGCGGAAGAAUUGUCUCCGCCAAUCAAAUCAAUCAAAUGGUCGUGGGAUGGCCCCAGAAAUUGUCCGUCGUCUUGGUAGCCGGCUCCACGUCUCCAUGUCCUCGCCCCAUACUUGUAGAAGAGGAAGUUGCGCAUUUUGGAAACGGCAUGCGCGUCCCGAAUACGGUGUCGAGUCCGCCAGGCAUACAUUCACCUCUCUUCACCAACGUCGCUCCAUCGACACUGAAGCAAUACCAGCCUGA